ACCAUGACACUGAAUCUGAUCGUUGCCAACUAUAACCGGUCCGUUAAAAACUCACGGGCCGGAGCUCCGGGAGGACCGCGCGGCCACGGAUAAACCGAGAGGCCUCAUUGGCCGGCGCGCACCCUCCCGGACCUCCUUCCUAGCCCGGCGCGCGGGGGUGGAGGCUCCCUCUCCAGGCAUGCGCGCUGGGCCGGUGGCGCGGCCCGUCAGGCACUGCGGUAGGCACCUCCGGGUCCGGCAGGACCCUGUCCCCAGCAUGGCGGCGCCCAGCGAAGUGGCGGCGGCAGUGCUCAGUGAAGGCGAUGGCGCGGGGUUUGGAUCCUGGCUGGACGGACGGUUGGAGGCGUUGGGAGUGGACCGGGCCGUUUAUGGCGCUUACAUCCUUGGUGUCCUACAGGAGGAGGAGGAGGAGGAGAAGCUGGACGCCCUGCAGGGUAUCCUCUCUGCUUUCCUGGAAGAAGAUUCACUCCUUGAUAUCUGUAAGGAAAUUGUGGAACGAUGGUCAGAAACAAAAAAUGUCACCACCAAAGUAAAAAAAGAAGAUGAGGUUCAGGCCAUUGCCACCUUGAUUGAGAAGCAGGCACAGAUCGUGGUGAAGCCCAGGAUGGUUUCUGAAGAGGAGAGGCAGAGGAAAGCCGCCCUGCUGGCCCAGUAUGCCGAUGUGACAGACGAAGAGGACGACGCAGAUGAGAGAGAUGAUCCAGGUGCUUCGACAGCAAACGUCGGUUCUGACAAAUCUCUGUUCCGAAACACCAAUGUGGAAGAUGUACUCAACGCUCGGAAAUUGGAGCGAGACUCGCUUCGGGAUGAGUCCCAAAGGAAGAAGGAACAGGACAAGCUGCAGAGGGAGAAGGACAAACUAGCCAAGCAGGAGCGCAAGGAGAAGGAAAGGAAAAGGACCCAGAAGGGGGAACGCAAGCGAUAACCUCGGCCCACUCCCUUCCUCCCGCCCAUGAACUGAUUGUGCGUCUGUGUAUUUAAGAGAACUGAGACUAAUGCAUUUCCCCAAAUUUCCUAAGGCUUUCCCCCUUUGUUUACAUGUUCAAAAGGAAAAUCACAAUCACUUGUAACUACUAAAUGUGCCAUGUUUUGGUGGUGUGAGCAAUCAA